AUGCCAAUUAUCGAGGAAGUGCUUGAGGCCACAACGCUCGGUCGCGCGAUCAACGACGCGUCCGACAAGACCCUGCGCACGGUUCUAAAAUCCAUCUGCGCGAAAAACGACCAGGCUCGCAAAGAAGCCGAGAGUCAACUGCUGGUGACAGACACCGAUACCGAUACCGAAGAGAGCUCUGGCAACAAUAAGAGACAAGUACCACAUUACGCGUUUUGCGUCAAUUGCGAGAAGGAAUUCGAUGUCACGACAGAUACGAAGGAAACCUGUCGAUAUCAUCCAGAACCAAGUGAGCCCACUGGCGAAGAUCUUUAUGUCGACAAUUACGCUGAGUUUGAAGUGGACACCGAUGAAAUGCGCGAGGAUUUCCCAGAGUGA